AUGGGUAUCACCGAACAAGAUCUAUUACCUCUCAAAAAAAUUAAAGUUCCUCCUGAAUUUGAAAAUGAUUCCCAAUUCUAUUAGGAAACAAUCUUAAAAUAAUAUGAAAAAAGAAGAUAAAGAUUACUAAUUGAAUAUCAGGAUUUGCUUAAUAGAAAAUCUGAAGAAACUUAAUAUCAUCAGAAAUCAUUGCCACCUGAAGAAAAAAUUGAGGACUCAACUACCUAGAGAAUAAAUGAUAAAUUGAUGAAGAUAAAGAAGUUUUAACAAGAUUAUAGAGAAUAAUAAUUAAUGUAAUAUUCAUAAAAGGAGCAAUUAAUUGAAACACGAAGGAAAUAAAUAAGUAGUGAAAGGGAAUUACGUGCAUAUUAAAAGGAAGUUUUAGACACUUCUAGGUUAGAAUAGGUUUAAAGAAAUAGAGAUAUUAUUUAGAAAUUGAUAACAGAUAAGCAUACUCAAAGAAGAAUGAGUUACGAUGCUAAGUUGUAAAAAUUGGAACUCUAAAAAUAAGCUCAAUAUUUAAUUCCUAGAAGUACUAGAGUAGAUGAAACAUUGGCACGCUAUUAAAAAUGUUUAGAAGAGAAGAAAUAACAGGAUUUUUAGAGAUUAAAAAGAUUAGAAGAGAGUUUAGAAAAGGCUUCUUCGAAAAAAUCAUAAAAUAUUAUUGAAGUUAAAAGAAGAGGAUUAAUUGAAUAAUUAAAAAUUGAAGAAGCAUUAUUUAAUCGAGAAAGAUCUGAAAAUGCUAAAAAAAGCAAUCUUUUAGAGAAAACAUAGCAGAGAACUGUUUUAAAUAGACGAUCAAUGAGUGAAUUACCUAAAGAAAAACCUUAUCCUUUACCAAAAUUUCUAUAUUCUAAAUAACUAAAUAAUUUAAAUGCUUAAACUAUUUAACAUUUCUCUUAAGAAAUUAUAUAACUUGUAGAUUCAAUAAGUAUUCAUGAUAUUGAAGAUAAAUUACUACAAGUUUGUGCUUCUUAAGAUAAGACAUAAAGAGAAUUAUUUGUUAAAACUAAUUAUUUAUUUUUAUAUCACUGA